AUGUCUUCGUCUCCGUCGGCGGACAGCUCUGCCCCGCACCUCCGCAAGCCCCUUGGCACUAGCAAAGGCGCGGGCGGCGACAUGUCCAUGAUGUUCUUCGCCCAGCCCGACUGCCCCGCGAGGUUCGCCCAUCAGGACGAGCACCGCAUCAGGGGCCUCAACGCCGAGGCCAUCGCCCGCGUCCUUCUGCCGGUGCCCUCGUGGCUGCUGGAGUCGGAGUACGCACCCCUCCGGGCCGAGGGCGAGGACCUGGUGCCCUCUCUAUUUUUUAGCCUAAACCUCUCCAUCUACGGCCAGCCGGUCGUCGAUACGGACUGGUCCGAGCAGUGGUUCUUCAUGAGCGGCCGCGUUCACCCCUACGCCCUCUCCUGGGAGGUGGAGCGCCGCGACGGCCUCGAGGCCAGCCCGGACGAUACUAUUCUCUACACCGUGCCCGCCCUUAUCGUCCGCGACCAAGGCUACCAGCCCGUCCUGCCGCGUUUCUUGGCCUCUAGCGGCCAGUUCCCGUCUACGCCUCCCGUUGUCUCCUUCCAUGGCGUCAUAGCCGGGCCCCGGCUCGACCUCCUGCGUCGAGACUUCCUGCCCGAUCUCGGGCCCGACCAGCUCCGCUGCUGCGGCUUCGUCCGGCUCACGACCUACAUCGCCCCUGGACUGCCGGACAGGAUUCCCUUUAAGGGCUACCACCCCUUCGAGGUCUUUGUUAUCUUUCCCGUCUACGUAAACCCUUGGGCCGUGCUAUUCGUCGGCCUUCUCGAUCACCGCGUUAUGCUCUGCCCCCCGGGCUCAGAGCGCGAUUACGUCUUUAUCGUCGUCCCGGACAGCUGGACCUUUGUCGAUAGGCCCUCGGCGGCCGCCGCCGCCUCGGCUUCCCCCCUCGCUACGCCCCUUAGACGUCUGACCCCGUCCGCCUCCUCUACCUUCAAUUCCGUCCGCGCCGCCUUGUACUCCGUUGCCGCGCCGGCCUCGGCCGCGUCGGCCCCCCCUUCCUCGGCGUCGGCCCCGACCGCCCUCGACCCCGUCAUUGGAACGCGAGCAGGAAGGGCGGAUCCGGGGGGGACUCAGACGACCUUUCGGGGGUGGGCUAAACUCAAGUACAUGGGUGAUGAUAUCGACGGAUUUAGGCGGUUGUUAUCCGGCUACAAGUCGACAAUCACUAUUGCCCUCACUGACGCCAAUCUCCGCGUAUGCUCUGCCACCGCCGAGACCAUUCGAAGCUACAAAGACCUUGUCGAGACAGCGCACAGUGACCUCCGGGCUCACCUCGAAAGUAUCGACGAGAAAAUAGGUGUCUUUCUCGCAGACGCCAUAUCGGAGACCGGCUCAGGCGCGCCAGAAUUGCAAACCAUGCAGGAAGAGCGAUUGAGCACGCAGCGAUGCCUUGAAAUUUGUGACCAACUGUCGAAGCAUAUCGAUGAAUUUCAGCUGGCCACCAAACGCAGUGGAAGCUCGUCCGAAAAUGAAGAGCCAGCUACGUUCCCCGAAAAGUCGUGA